AUGGCGUCGCUCUAUCGUAUGGCCGGCUGCGGCGCCAGGCGCCUGCACCUCGCAAAGCCCUCGAUACGUGCUUUCUCCCAGACAGCACUGCGAUCUGCCACCCCCAGCGAGACUCCCCAGCGCACCACCCUCCAGCCCGUCGACCCCGACUGGACUCAUCCCUCCGACCCCUAUGGCAUGACCCGCCUCCAGAACCAAGCCGGCAGCACCGAAGGCUCGCGAGAAGGAAGCAUUCACAACCGGAAGAUCCGCCACUACACCGUCAACUUUGGUCCUCAGCAUCCUGCCGCCCACGGCGUGUUGCGGUUGAUUCUCGAGCUGAGCGGAGAGGAAAUCGUUCGCGCCGAUCCUCACGUCGGCCUGCUGCACCGAGGAACCGAGAAGUUGAUCGAGUACAAGACCUACCUACAGGCGCUGCCCUACUUCGACCGACUGGACUACGUCUCGAUGAUGACCAACGAGCAAUGUUUCUCGCUGGCAGUUGAGAAGCUGCUGAACGUGGAAAUUCCCGACCGAGCGAAGUGGAUUCGGACACUGUUUGGAGAGAUCACGCGCAUUCUUAACCAUCUCAUGUCUGUAUUGUCUCACGCCAUGGAUGUUGGCGCGUUGACGCCCUUCCUGUGGGGUUUCGAAGAACGAGAAAAGUUGAUGGAAUUCUAUGAACGCGUCUCGGGAGCUCGACUUCACGCAGCCUAUGUCAGACCCGGCGGUGUUCACCAAGACAUACCAGUAGGACUGCUGGAUGAUAUCUACCAAUGGGCCACGCAAUUUGGAGACCGAAUCGACGAAACCGAAGAGAUGCUCACAGAUAACCGUAUCUGGAUCCAACGGUUACAGGGUGUAGGUGUCGUGCCCGCCACCGAGGCCCUCAACUUGUCGUUCUCUGGUGUCAUGUUGCGAGGAUCUGGUGUCCCCUGGGACAUCCGUAAGAGCCAGCCAUACGACGCUUACGACCAAGUCGAGUUCGACGUCCCCGUUGGUGUGAACGGCGACUGCUACGACAGAUAUCUGUGCCGUAUGGAAGAGUUCCGCCAGUCGCUCCGUAUCAUCCACCAAUGCCUAAACAAGAUGCCCGCCGGCCCUGUCCGCGUGGAAGACUACAAGGUCUCGCCUCCUCCGCGUGCCGCCAUGAAAGAAAACAUGGAGGCCCUGAUCCACCACUUCCUUCUGUACACCAAGGGUUACGCCGUACCACCAGGUGAGACGUACUCGGCCAUCGAAGCACCGAAGGGAGAGAUGGGUGUGUACGUUGUCAGUGACGGCAGUGAGAGGCCGUACCGGUGUCACAUUCGUGCCCCCGGAUUUGCUCACUUGGGUGGAUUUGACCACGUCUGCAAGGGUCACCUGUUGGCUGAUGCCGUGGCCGUCAUCGGUACAAUGGAUCUGGUGUUCGGUGAGGUGGAUAGAUGA